GGGAGCUUUUCGCUCGAAAAGCCGCGAUAGCCUUGGUCACCGUCGACGUCCCGUUUCCCUUUUCCCAAUCCGCUCCGCGUCUCCCCUCCACCACCACUUCCCUCGCCGCCGCCGCCGCUGCGUCCCCACUCCGGAGGCUUCCGGAAGCGUGGGGCCCACGCCGCAGCCGCCUCCGCUGAUGCUUCUCUCCUCCCGGCCUCCUCCUCCGCACCUCCCUGGCCAAGGCGCCGCGCCCGCGCCCACCCCCACCCCGUUCCUCCUCGUCCUCCGCCAGCGCCAGCGGCGGCGGCGGCAUCGCCACAACCGCCCGCACCGCCCCGUCCCCCACGCCUCCCUCUCCGACUUCGUCGCCAGCCUCCCCUCCUCCCUUGCGCUCGUCGGGCCCGCCGCGGUCGCCGCCGCGGCCGCCGUCGCUUCCUCCUUCUCUUCCUGGUCGUCCUUCUCCUCAUCCCGGAGCAGCCUUCCACCGCCGUUCCCCGACCCGGAGGACUACAACGCGUGCGGGGAUGUCGCGGGGGAGUGGAUCCUCUUCACCAGUCCGACGCCGUUCAACCGGUGCGUGCUGCUGCGGUGCCCGUCCGUGUCGUUCGAGGACGGGGGCGUGCUGUUCGACGGCGUCAACGAGAGGCUGCUCACCGAGGAGCGGCAUUACGUGAACCUGAGCUGCGGCCGCAUCCCCGCGGCGCCUUGCGGGGACGGCGCCUGUGACAUAUCCUACCAGAGGAUUUGCAUCGCCCUGGAGGACGGUGGGGUGAUCGCGCUCGAUUGGCCCGACAAUUUGGACUUGGAUAAGGAGCAUGGGCUGGAUUCGACGGUACUUCUCGUGCCUGGAACGCCUGAGGGGAGCAUGGAGAGGAGCGUCAAGAUGUUCCUGGUGGAUGCGCUCAAGAAUGGGUACUUCCCCAUUGUGAUGAAUCCUAGAGGGUGUGGCGGUUCACCUAUCACUACGCCAAGGUUAUUUACAGCAGCUGACAGUGAUGAUGUUUGCACAGCAGUACGCUUUAUAAACAGUAAGAGACCUUGGACAACACUAAUGGGUGUUGGAUGGGGAUAUGGUGCAAAUAUGCUGACAAAGUACCUCGUGGAAGUUGGAGAAUCUACUCCUCUUACUGCGGCUGCUUGUAUUGACAACCCUUUUGACCUACAAGAAGCAACAAAAUCUUUUCCUCAUCAUAUAGCUCUCGAUCAAAAGUUCACAGCAGGCUUGGUCAAUAUUCUGCGUGCUAACAAGGAACUCUUUCAAGGUAAAGCUAAAGACUUCAAUGUUCAAAAGGCUUUGUCAGCCAGUUGUUUGCGUGACUUUGAUGGAGCAAUAUCCAUGGUUUCCCAUGGGUUUGAUACCCUUGAAGACUUUUAUUCUGAAAAUAGCACAAGGCUAUCAGUUGCCCGUGUGAAAAUACCUCUAUUAUUUAUGCAGAGUGAUGAUGGGACUGCUCCACUUUUUUCAGUACCCCGCAGUUCAAUAUCAGAAAAUCCUUUUACAAGUCUUCUCCUUUGUUCUUGUCUACAUUCCACUAUCUUCACCUUUCAGAGAUACACUGUGUUAAGGUGCCAGAAUCUUGCCUUAGAGUGGUUGUUAGCAGUGGAGUUUGCUCUUCUGAAGGGUCGUCAUCCACUUAUCAAAGAUGUGGACAUCACUAUUAACCCAUCCAAAGGUCUGGCAUUUGUUGAACCUCAAGCAGAUGAUAGGAAAGCUCCAAAAAGAAACAGUUUUCGUCAGCAAUCUGAGCUUAUUUUGUAUAAUAAUGCUCCCCAUGGAGUAAAUGGGCUGCUUGUAGAUUCUGCAAAAGUGUAUUCUGGUGCUCAAAACAAAGAAAACGGGCAGUUGAACAAUAAUAGUGAUAUAGACAGGGAAAAUAGAGAUCCAGAUGAAGAGUCAGGAGAGAGUUCUGAAGAUGUUGAAAAAGGUCAAGUGCUACAAUCAGCAAGCCUUGUGAUAAACAUGCUAGAUGCUACAAUGCCUGGUACUCUCGAUGAUGAUCAGAAGAAGGAGGUUCUGGUAGCGGUGGAGCAAGGUGAAACUCUUGUGAAAGCUCUAGAAGAAGCAGUACCUGGAGAUGUGCGUGGAAAACUUACAACGUUUGUGACUGAAAUUUUACAUUCCAAACGACAAAAUUUCGGUUUAGAUGCAUUGAAGCGACUUGGCUGGAACAAUGUAAGAUCAACCACCACCAAGACAGUGGCCCAGGAAAAGCUCAAAGAUUCAGAUAACGAAAGUGGGCUUAAGGAUUAUAAAAUGGUUGAUCAGAACAGGAGUUCUGCAACCAAUGGUGAGGGGGACCAGAAAGAUAGUAACAUGACAAAUGACAAUAGUCCUGGAGAAAGCAUCGAGUCGUCACAAGGAAAGCCUUCCCAAACUUCUGGACAUGUUGGAACUGCAACAGAAAUGGGAAGCGAACAACAACCCAAUAAAUCAGAGAAAUCAAACUCAGGAAUAAGUGAUAGCAGUGAAGAGGAGCAUAGAACAGAACAUGGCAAUGAAACAACCCCAAAGCAAGUUCUUGAUGAUCAAUCAGUGGCCAACUCAAAUGGGACUCCUAGAGAAAGAGGGCAACCAACAGAUGCUACAGCAGACCAGAAUCCACAAUCCCCUGCAAUAGAAAAGGAAAGUGACACAGUACGCACAAGUGAAGAUAAGGCUGCUAAUAAUGUGAAUGAUCAAAGCAUGCAAGUCUCUAAAACAGAAGAAUCUAAACCUCCCCCGGUUACUGUCACCCAUGCAUUAGAUGCAUUAACUGGAUUUGAUGACUCUACUCAAAUGGCUGUCAACAGUGUAUUUGGGGUUCUUGAAAAUAUGAUUGAUCAGUUUGAGAAACAUGACUCUGAGAAAGGCGAAAAUCCAGACGGAAAUGAUGAUGGACCUUCUGUGGAUGAGACAGAAUCUCAUAUGAGGGAGAGUAUGGACAAUGCCUCAAGUGGAGAAGAUAUAAACCAAACAUCUCAAGAACCAGAAAAUAGCAGUCCUGGAAUAAGUCAUUCAAUAAUGUCCAAUGAUGAUUGCACUUGUGGUGAGGGAAAUCCUAAUUUAAGCAUUGCUUCAUCUGCUAAAGGAACAAUGAGAUAUUAUCAAGGAAAUGGAGCUGGUGAUCAUGUGUAUACUGAUGGUAUGAAGCAGGUCGCUGGCUUACCAGAUUAUUUAUUGGAUAUAGUUGUCAACUCUUACUUGAAGGCACAGUAUGCAAUGUACCUUCAUGAAUUUCUUCAUACACAAUUGGAACUCAAAUCACCAGAGUUGAAUUCAGCAACUGAUCUUUUCCUUGAUCCACAAGAGGGUAAAUGGAAAAUAGCAGACCAAAUGGACAAUGUGCAAAAUGACAUUUCUAAAUCUGGCAAACAUAGCGGCAUCAUGGGAGAGAUCAAAUAUGCUGGAUCCUCACGAGAACCAUCUAGAACAGACAAUGUUAUUGAUGCACCCUACUUUAAUCCAGGAAAAUUUCCAGACCCUACAUACAAGUCAAAUGAAUGGAACAAUACAGUAGCAACCAGGUCCAAAGCUGAUAAUGCUUUGAGAGAGACACUUAUAUGCUUCAUUAGAGAUGAACUAUCAUGCGCCCUCCAAAUUGAAGUUGGUCGCAAACUAGGGAUAACAGAUACUAAGCAACUUGAAAGAAGUCUUGCAGAUGAUGUUAAACAGGUUGCUACUCAGGUUUCGAAAACUAUUGUGCUUGACUGUGAGUUAUAUUCAGUGGCAUGUGUGCAAAGGAAUCCAACAACUGUCAAAUUUGGUGCAACACAUGGAAAAAAUGUUGUUGAAGCUGUAUCAGCCGCAAUUCAGCAAUCUCAACAUCUGAGAAACAUUCUUCCGGUGGGUGUCAUAGUUGGUGUAACUUUGGCAUGUUUGAGAAAUUACUUCCAAGUUGGUGUCUCUAAGCAUGAUGACCAUCUGAAAUUCACUGUGAACUCAGAUAUUUUGAGUGAGGAUUUUAUUAUUCGGGAUAGCAGCGAAGCAAAUAUUCAGGAUAGUGGCAAAGCAAAUGCUGAUAAUAAUACUGAAAAAAAUUGUGGGGACAACCAGCAGGAGAUGACAAGGUCACAGGGUCAAAGUAUGAUGGUCGGGGCCGUAACAGCUGCCCUAGGAGCUUCUGCUUUGGUAGCACAUCAUCAACAAAAAAAGGAUGAAAAUCAUGAUGGCAUGGAUUGCACUACUGCUUCCUCUCAUCAGAAGGGUUUUGUUCAGGAAGAAAGUGCCAAGCUUGAGGACACGGCACAGGAGAAGAGCCAGAACAAUUUGAUGAGCAGUUUUGCUGAGAAAGCCCUAUCUGUUGCUGCUCCUGUAGUUCCUACAAAGGGUGAUGGUGAGGUUGAUCAUGAAAGGCUUGUUGCAGUUCUAGCUGAAAUCGGACAAAAAGGUGGAAUUUUGAGGUUUGUUGGAAAAAUUGCUCUACUCUGGGCCGGAAUUCGUGGUGCUAUGAGCUUAACUGAUAGGCUUAUCUCAUUCUUACGUAUCAGCGAAAGACCCUUAUUUCAGAGGAUUAUGGGCUUUUCUUUCAUGGUACUCGUUUUAUGGUCCCCUGUUGUGCUUCCACUACUGCCAACACUAGUUCAAAGUUGGACAAUAAGCGCUUCAACUGGGAUUGUUGGAUAUGCUUGCAUUGUUAGCUUGUACGUAUCUAUAAUGACACUUGUCAUGAUAUGGGGCAAAAGAAUACAUGGCUACGAGAAUCCAGUUGAGCAAUAUGGGAUAAAUAUUGGAUCCACAGCUCGGGUGCGAGAAUUUUUUCAAGGUCUGGUUGGAGGUGUAACUGUUGUAGGGUUGGUGCACUCAAUAAGCAUUCUACUUGGUUUUGCUACCUUUCGGACUGGGUUUUCUUCAUUCUUAGCCAGACCCUUCGAUCUUGUCAAGUCUUCUAGUAAUGUGUUCUUGCUAGCUCUUAGAGGGUUUGCCACAGCAACUAGCAUUGCUGUGGUGGAAGAAAUGGUUUUCAGAUCAUGGCUUCCAGAAGAAAUUGCUGUUGACCUCGGUUACUCCAAUGCCAUUCUGAUAUCUGGACUUGCUUUUUCUCUGAUUCAUCGGUCAUUACCCUCAGUACCAGGUUUCUUGCUACUUUCUCUGGUGCUUUUUGGACUUAAGCAGAGAACACAAGGAAAGCUUGCUGCACCCAUUGGCUUGCGUUCUGGAAUUAUGACUGCUAGUUAUCUAAUACAAAGCAGUGGUGUUAUUACAUCCAAACCUGAAACUCCGUUUUGGAUGAUUAGCACCUACCAUCUACAUCCUUUUGAUGGUGUUAUUGGCUUAAGUAUCUGCUCUUUGCUUGCUAUCCUUUUCUUCCCUCAAAAGCCUGUUCAGAAGGAUAUAUCUGUGUGAUGAGAAUCAGGAGAGUAAAAUACUCUUGACAUAUAGCUACUGGGGUGAGCUUGAACAAAGACGAAUCACCUCUGUACAUAUGUAAUGCGAGCAAUGAAGGGUUGCUCUUGUAUACCAUGUUAAAGUGCAGCCGAUGUUGUGAUGCACUGCAACUUGGCCGGAAAAAUUACACUCAUUUAGCUCCUUGCUCAUUAGACCGAGAGGUCUGCUGAAUGCAAUGGCUUUGGAUCAGUAAUUGGGGUAUCCUGGCCGUUUAUGCUUGGCAAAUGUGUACACUACUCUUUUCUGGACUAUCCGAACGGGGUUAGUUUCUUCCCUACGUUAUAAGGCGGGGCAGAACAAAAUGACCCGGUUGUUGGAUAUGCCUAGGAAGAGAAACUAGCAGAUACGAUAAUAUAAGGUAGUUUUUGGUUCAUAGGAUGGGAUGGGACAGAACGGAUUUUUUUUGUUUUUAGUUAUUUAUAUAGAGAGCAGUACGAUGAAAUGGUUUGGAAUCAGUUAAUAUUUUUCAAAGAUCCGGGAUGGAGCUGUUCCAAAAAAUGAUAGAACGCACUCGUCGCACUUUGAAUGUGAUAUUGAUAGUGGACCCGGAGUACUAAAAUUGACUUGUUUCAUUCCACCCAACAACAAGCAUGUAUAUAUGAAUGAAAUCAUCUUAUACUUAAAUAUAUGAAUGAAAUUAUUGUAUCUC